AUGGCCCUGCGCGAACUGCCAUUGCGGACCGCCUCUGCGCUGAGCAGAGAUGCGAGGCCUAUAGUAUGUGCGGCCCUGCCACUAUGUCGCCGCAAUGCCUCGACCGACGCCGUGAAAGAGGUGGAAUCUGCAUCGUCACUGGUAGUGCCACCGCCAUCAGAGGAGCUCGUUAAGAACUUCGACCCUGUUGCGCGGAGUAGACUGCGCCGGAGAGGCAAGAAAGAGUUGCCGCCCAGCAGAUACCAAUACCGCUCGCCCAAGUACUACCGCGGGCCUCUGCACCCCCAUCAGCCGCCGCCCGUAUCUGAUCCUGCAUCGCGAGCAUUCCAGCCCGGCCCUUUCAGUCUCCCCCGUCUGGAGCAGACAUACCAGAGCACCAUCGCUUCCGACCUGCUCAGCCUCACAUACCAACACUAUCCGCCCGGCUUCCGCGCGCCCAAGAACGAACAGCGCCUACGAGAAUGGACCGGCGACUCGCCAUACUACAAGAACCGCCCGCUCAGAGGUCCCAGAGGGAAGGGUGAAGUCCUUCGCCUGCUCAAUGAACCUCGCACCUUCCGCAAUAUACCCAAAAUCACAAAAGUCGUCGUUCACUCUUUCGUACCCGAGGCGCAAGAGAACAGUGGCAACCUGCAUGUAGCCGGCAUGAUCUUGCAGGCCAUUACCAACGUACGCGCCAAGUCACAUCGGGCGCGCCACAAUGUAGUCGGCUGGGGACUGCGAGAGGGCAGAUAUGUCGCCGCCACAGCCACCAUGGAACACCAAAACGCAACCGAGUUCCUCGCCAAGCUCAUCGAUGUAGUCCUUCCCAAGAUCAAGGAGUGGAAGGGCGCAAAAGGCUCAUCAGGUGAUGGCCAUGGAAACAUCAGCUUGGGUCUCACCCCCGACCAGCUUGCUCUGUUCCCUGAGAUUGAGGUCAACUAUGAUGCAUACCCCCCGAAGAUGAUCCCUGGUCUGCACAUCACCAUUUGCACAGACGCCACGAGCAACAAGGACGCGCGCCUGCUGCUCCAAGCAAUCGGCCUCCCAUUUUAUGGCAAACUGAACGACUAA